GCACCGUUUAAACGCCAACGCGGGGGCAACCACCAACAAAGCAAGGUCUGCUAUCCUUACAAUUGCAAUUCCUUAUAUCUGAAAGUUAAAUCUAUCAGACUCGGACCCGGUUGUCUCCUAAUUUCAACGGAUUUUAUAUGUCGGAAAUCCCCACAGAGAUCAUGGAGCAGAUAAUCGACGAGCUCAGCGAUGACAGGGAAGCACUUGUUGCUUCUCUAUCUGUCUCCCGAGCAUUCCACAGUCGAGCUCGGUACCAUCUCUUCCAAACGGUCCGCCUCGAAACGGAAUCAGAUUUUAAUCAGUUUAAUUCCCUCUGCGACAUCUCGCCAGUAAUUUCGAGUCUGGUACAGUCGCUCAAGAUCUUUUCUCGCAGCACGGUACCCCAGCUACCCUCCCUUCCUAACGUUACCUCACUGCACAUCAGAGGGCAUCUCGAUGAUGUAUGGCAGACUAACUUUCUCUCGACUACUGUCCUUAUGUUCGAGGAUAUUGUGUUCUCCACUGCGAUGAGCUUUCGCACAUGGAUAUGCGCAUAUUCGCACCUCACCUCCUUGUCCUUGAUCUCUGUUAUAAUCCAUCAUCCCGCGGUGGUCGGCGCCUAUGCGCUGGCACAAGGUCCUCCUUUGGAAUUUCUUUCGAUUGCAUACGUUAACUACAGCGUAUACAAGGCCUUUCUAGGAAGCACGAGCAAAGCGAUCAGUCGGUUUGCUCUCCACGGGUUACGUAAAAUCCAGCACAAGACCGUGUUCGCAUAUGAUGCUGCUGGAAUACAUAAAAUCCUCGCCGUCACCUGUAGUACGAUUCAAGAGCUCGACAUGAGGGUACAUGUGUUCGACCCUCGGCCGCUGUUCAACGAAGUCCUAGAUAUCUCACAGGUACCAACGGUCAACUAUCGAGUGUCCGGCGUCUCCAAGAUCCCUUUCACCAACAACAUCCGUUGGCUUUCCUACUGCACUGAUGAAAAUGACCGUCCUGCAUCUAUGGAGAGACUCGUUAUUCACUUGGACCUGCCGGGUUUCCUAGACAGGUUGACUUUCACUGAAUGUCUGGAGCCGCUGGACGCCAUACUCACCGAUCCUCGGUAUUGUAUGCUCAAGGUGGUUCAAUUUAUCUUGGGGGGAAAGGAGAGGCGCUUGGAACAUGGGCUCCAGGCCUAUCGAGAUGAUAUCUCAAUGGCUUUACCCAAAUUACAUGCCGCUGGACGACUGGUAGUAGAGGAUGAAGCAGCAUGAAGGACAUCUCUAUUUUCUCCAUUCUGGACAUAUCUCACGGAUCAACAUCGAGACGGAUAAUUUGUGUCCCUCGUCGCGUUAUCCAUCCUUUCCUGUAUGCUGUGGGGAGCUGAGCUAGCGGUGUCUAGUGCUCGGGCUUGAGAAAAUAAGCCAGCACUUUGCACGGAUGGAAAUGCUCGUUGGAUAUUUAGCGGGGUCGGGCGAUCGCGACUAGUUCAUAUAUUCUGCUCAUGUAGGUUCUCGGUACGCGUACCUGGUCGUCCUGAAAUGUUACUAUCAAUCGCAUAAAAUGCCAGGUUCCACAGUGAAAAUGAUGUUCUUCGACUAGUCUCCAAUAAAUAUCAAUACAGUCAGUCAAAUCGGC